AUGUAUUCUUCCAUCCUCACUCUUGCCCUCCUCACGACUCCCAUCUACGCUGCCACUAGUGCGCGCGUCUGGGCACACUUCUACCCCAGCUGCCCUGGGGAUCUUUUUUCCGACCUUGCCACCUACGAAAACUAUGAAGAAACCAUCCCAUCCAUCGACAUCAAAGAAGGCGAGUGCGCCAACAUUGGCGUCCCCUCCUACGAGCAUAACCUCGUCAGCUCCAUCUCCGUGGACGCAGAGCUUCUCUCCCGCGCACACAACGGCUACUUCUCAUCUGAUACCACCAAUUGCAACAUCACCGUACACGAAGUUCCCGAGUGCGUCGAGCCACCACUGAUCGUCCAGGAGAUCCACAACGGCGUUGAAGUCAGCGAGUGCGAGGCCCGGCGAUUUGCUGCCUUCAGUGAGGUGUGGUUACGACUGGUCUGCGACGACGCCGGCAAGGAGUCCCUCGAGAAUCAGGGCCAAGAUAUCCCACGUAUCGAUGGGACUGCCAAGAGUCAACAGGCCAGCAAUGUCCAGACUCCCGGCUCCAAUUCGAAUUCGUGGCAUGUGGCGCAGUCCGCUCAGUCUGAGCGCGAGCCUGAGCAGGAAGACCGUGUAAACAAUGCUGGCCAUGCGGAGAGUGAGAAAAUGGUGCACAACAUCAUGGAGGAACUCGCGCAGAAGCACUCGCACUUUGUUUCGGGUAAGCAUCAUGCUACCCAGAGCAAUGUAUCGCUUCACAAUGGCACUGUCCCUGGCAAUCACACUAUCUCGCGGAGAAAGUUGUCUGUGCUGCGCAACCGCGCUAAUCGGUUGUAUUAG